CUCCUCAACAGUUCGGAAACACCUGCGUAAUAAGUUUCAAACUGUAUUUGAAAUUCUUUUUUAGAGAUUAUUAAAGUAGAGAAAAUUCAAAUAAAAUGGAUGGACCUAAUUUUUUACACGUGGAAAUCUGUCAAAACAUAAACAGUACAUUGUCUUCAGAGGAGAUAGAAAAGUUAGUAGAAGCUGAAAUUUAUUCAUAUGAGGAUUCCAUCCCUUUAGAUAUUAUUUUAGAUGGGAAAAAAUUGUCAAACCAUAUUUUGAAUGAUCAUGUUGAUUCAAUAAUAUGUUCCUAUAGUUAUGGAAAGAGAGGUCAGAUGAAAGUACCAGUACAUGCUGAUGUAAAGUUUCAUGUAUAUAGAUUAACAACCGAAUCAGCAGCUACAGAAACAAUGGAAAAUGAUGGUGAAGAUUUACCAGUAUCUUCUCACUGGAUAUUACCAGUGAAGGAAUUCCAUUAUUUAUGGGAGAGUCUUUACUUUGAUUCCAAUAUAAAAGACGAUCUGUUGCAUUUUAUAGAAACAGCAAUGAUAUUUGCGGACCAUAAUGUUGAUACAAAUAUCAUAAGUUGGAACAAAGUAGUUUUACUGCAUGGCCCUCCGGGUACAGGGAAGACUAGUCUGUGCAAAGCUCUUGCACAAAAGAUUAUUAUUCGUACAGGCAAAAGAUUCAGUCAUGGUGAAUUCGUUGAAAUAAAUAGUCACAGUUUAUUUUCAAAGUGGUUUUCAGAGAGUGGAAAAUUAGUUAUGAAAUUAUUUAACGAAAUAAAAAGGCUUCUUGAAAAUCCGAAUGCAUUAGUUUGCAUUUUAAUCGACGAAAUAGAAUCUUUAGCGCACGCUCGUAAAUCGUGCAACGGGACUGAACCUACCGAUGCUAUAAGAGUAGUAAACGCUUUGUUAACACAAUUGGAUCAAAUAAAGCGAUACUCGAAUGUUUUAAUUUUAACAACCAGUAACUUAUCAGAAGCCAUUGAUUUAGCAUUUAUCGAUAGAGCGGACAUAAAACAGUACAUUGGACCUCCCAAAGAGCAAGCCAUAUAUCAAAUUUAUACAUCAUGUUUGAAGGAGUUGAUGAGGGCCAAACUCAUAGAACAUGAAGAAAUACAUGAUUUAUCACAUUUAAAAAAAUUGGGCUACGAUGAGACCUUAACUACAAAGAAUAGUCUUAAAUUAAAAGAACUUAGCGAAGAAAGUGUCGGUCUUAGCGGACGAAUUUUAAGGAAAAUACCAUUUUUAGCGCAUGCUUUUUAUUUGCGAACCAAAAAAUGUACUUUGGCUCGAUUUUUAAGAGCCAUGCAUUUGGCUGUUAGAAGAGAAAAAGAGGGAAAUGUCGAGGAAGUCUCUCAGGCGCUGCACCAAUUGGAGUACUAAAAAGGUACUUCCUUUUUAGCCAUUUUACUGCUUUUUAUAUUUUUUUACCAAUAUAUUGAAUCAACGCAUAGGGAUAAAAAUGUAAUUAUAACAGUACAAGAUUCAGUAUUAUUUAUUUAAUUAUUCAUAUAUUGUUUCAUAAAUUACGUCUUU